CGAAAAGCCGUACUCCCAAUUCCCAAUUCCCAAUUCCCAAUUCCCACAUUCCCCCACUCCACGAGACGUAGGGGAAUUGGCGCCAAAACCGCCAUUAUCACAACUUCUGCCAAUUACAAAGCUUUCCACCACCUAUACGACUAUACAUAUUACUCCUAUUUUCUCUCUCCACAAUUUCUCGUUAAUUUAGGGCGCCUUAGCCCUAAUCAAUUACUCCGAAUACCAGUAGUGGGUUUUAUUCAUCUCGGGAAGAGAAAACGCCUUAAAACUUUUUUGUUUUUCAAAAUUCUCAAUUGCAGAGACUAACUUUGUAUAUAUAUAGAGAUACAAGGAGCUGAAGUGGUUAUUUUUCCGCUAACAUGGUUUUUUGGGGAGUUGAAAUCAAACCAGGGAAGAAAUUUACUCUUUCCCCUGAUAAAUCUCGUGGAAGACUCCGAAUUAGCCAGGCUACACUAGGGAUGGGGUCUUCUAACAGUAGGAGUUAUGUUCAGUGCAAUGUGGGCAAGAAGACUCCUGUUAUGUUGUGCGUUUUAUUGCCUGAUACAUCCGAGUUCCAUCAUUUGGAAGCUGAGUUUGAUGAAGCGGAGGAAGUCACUUUAUCAGUUAUUGGUCCUCGUAGCGUAUACCUUACCGGCUACUUUGUAGGCAAUGUUCGACCGAGUUUGCUUGGAGAUGAUGAGUCUCAAUCAUUCGGUGAAGAUAUUGGAGAAUCUGACACAGAAGGUUUUAGUGUUGAAGAUGACUAUGAAAAGGAUAGUUUCAUUGAUGAUAGUGAUCCAGAAGUGUUUUCUUCGUCACCUUCGUCUAGCGAUGAAAUAAAAACGAAGAAAUCUGGCAACAAAAAAAGCAGCCACAAGCUCCUUAAAAAGACGCUCAUAUGGAGUGACUCUGAAGAUGAUGGUGGUAUUUGUCAACAGAAUACAACCAGUGAUCCCAUUUGUGAGCAAAUUGUUGAAAGCGAGAAAGAAGAUCAGAUGCCUAUCUCUGCGUUGUGUGGAAGUGCUAAAAAGGGUGAUGAAAAUUUAAAAAGGAAGAGGUGUGUUUCUGAAAAUACAACUGAUGAUCAUGAAUCUGAAGUCAAAAAGGUUAAGAAGAAGAAAAGAAAGAAUAACAAAGAGAAUGAAGCCUUAAGCACUACAACAAGGACAAUUUCAGGUGGGUUGAUUGUUGAGGAGCUAGGGGCUGGUGUAAAAGAUGGAAAAGUAGCAUCCUUGGGAAAGAAGGUCACUGUUCAUUACACUGGUAGACUGAAAGAAGGGAGCCAGAUUUUUUACUCAACUGCUGGGAAAGAUCCUCUGAAAUUUCGCCUUGGAAAAGGUCGUGUUAUGGAUGGACUUGAUCGUGGAAUUGAGGGCAUGCAAGUUGGUGGUAAAAGAAGGCUUCAAAUACCGCCGGGAUUGGGAUACGGAAGUGAGGGCAUGAGUCUCGUACCCCCAAACUCAUGGUUAAUAGUGGAUGUUGAAUUGGUUCGAGUUCACUGAUAAUUUGGCUAUAGAGUUUAACUGGGUGGAUAUGGCAGUUUUUGUUUACAAUUGAUCAGAGGAUGCAUCAGAUUCAGUUUUGGUGGUUACAAGGAGCAAUUUUUUGUGGCAACAAAUUACUUAUCUACUACUUGCUGGGAUUUUGGUAUCAUAGAUGGGACCUUUGAUAUAUAGUUAGUGAUCAAGAUAGCUACUGCCAACAUUUAGUUAUGACAAUGGAUGUAUUUUUUCCAGCUCUUGCAAAUGCAGUAAUCCUCAUUCCUUUA